AUGUUGCGCCCCCUGCGUGACUGUUCACAAGUGUUUUGAAAACAAAAAUUAACCGAUAAGAAACAUUUUCUAUUUUUGCUUAUAAAGUUUCUCAAGUCCUCUAUUUCAUUAUUUUAUUAAAGCAUGGAUUCUAUUAAAAGGACCGAUAGUAAUCUAAGUAUUUCUUCAAUAAUGUCUGGCUCCAGCCCAAAUAAUGAUCCAGAAAAUACAGCGAAAGCAAAUUCAAUGCGAAAGAUUUUAGUCGAUGCAGUUUCUAACGUAAAUGCUGAAAAUUCAACCCUUGGAAAUGAGAUUUUAGAAUUACUCGAUACAUUUAAAUUUGACAUAAAAUCGCUUCCAAAUGACAUAAAAGAAGAAAUAUAUUUAGCUGCUACUAUUCUUAAAUCCGAAGGAUUACCUUCAAUCGAUGAGAUGGCAUUGAAAUUGUGUUUAGAAAAAAGAAGCAUUGAAAAUAAAAUGAAAAAUCGUGAAGAGAGGCUGUUCAAAGCAAGGUACAAUACAGCAUUUGCUAAAUACAAUAAUUUGCAAGAAAAAUUGAUUCAAAUAAGAUCAGAAAUUGAACCUAUCGAAGAAUUAUUAAGGCUGAAAAUGUCUAAUGAAGAAAAUGCGGAAUCAGACAGAAUAGUGUGGUCGAAUAAACUUUACGAUUAUAAAGGCGCCAUUAAAAAGUUAGAGCUAGAGUUGGAUAAUUUACAAAUUCAGGAAUUUGGAUUAGAUAAAACAUUGCAAAAAUCAUUGCUCUUGAUGGAUAAAAUGAACGAACUCAAUCAAUUAAACCUCACUUUAGAACGAUAUGGUGAUUUACCACCUAAUUUAAUACAAGCAAAAAAUAUGUUAGAAAGCAAGUCAGAAGAGCUUAAAGAAAUUAAAACUUUAAUAUUCGAUAAAAUGAACAAUUAAUGAAUAAAAA